CUCAACUAAACAUAUUGUCAUUACAAUUAAAAUAUAUCUUUCAUAAUAUUUAAUUUGAUUUAAUAGUAAACAAUGUCUACAAUUUUCAAUAUAUUUAUUUUAUUGUCAGUAAUGACAGCAGUUUUCGGCACAACUGAUCCACAGUUGGAAGCGUUGGCACAGAAUUUCCUUCAAUUACUAAAUCCAAGUCUAGCGGACAGCAAAUCACAUGAAUUUCUUCUUCAAUUAACUAAUGGUCAUCAUUUGUCCGCCAAUUCUUCCGAUUCAUUGAAAGUAAUUCUUUCAUUUGAAGGCACUCUCAAACUGAAUGCCGAAAGAAAUGGUCAAAAACUGGAGGUUUUGUCACAACAUUUAGGCGGAGCUGCCGUUUAUGGCGGACAUAGAUAUACGUCAUUGAAUGGACCGCUCGAUAGUGACAACAAACCUGUCGAUCCGUUUCUUAAAAAUAUUUACGAUAAAAAUCUUAAAACACAUAAACAUUUAAGAGAUGACGAAACAGGUGUAUUGAUAGCUCACGGUUCAGCUACCGGUGCUCAAGUAGUGGUUGACAAACAUAAACUCGAGUCCGGAGUUGUCGCUGGUUUUGUUGUCGGCUCUAAAACUAAAGUCAAUAAUUAAUAAUAUUAUAUUGUAUUGUAUUGUAUAGAAUUUAAACUAUUUAUUUUAAUAAGUUUAUAUGUUUUAUA